UCCCAGUCUGUUUACCGCGGCCCACUCAGCGGCCAGUUUUUGCUCGCUGCGGCAGGUUGUCAGAGCCGGACCGGUCGAGCCAGCUGCCGGAUGACUCGUACAGGUGCGCUGUUUCUAAGGAGUGCGCGUGACAGCGCCGGGAUGGCCCGCAGCUGAUGUGGCAACGCCCCAGCGGCAACCAUAUGUCGGUAUCUCCCGCGGGCCUUGCUGUUGUUUUCAGUCGUUUGCGAGCCGUGAUUUUGGUGUCCGCCGCCGAUCGCCGCGGGGGGGGGUCAACUCGUUCUUCGAAACGCCGGAGGUCCAUGUAUUUGUAUGGAGGGGUUGUGCAGAUAGCGCUGAAGAGAGUUUACGAGUGGGCGAAGACAGAGCGGCGGUGGUACACUCUAGGCUUCUUUGCCAUGGGGAGCUCCUGCAGCAAUCAUCUGGGGAUCCCUACCGCGAAGGGCCCCAACCCCGUGGGCUGCACCGACUUUAUGAUGGACCACACCGCACAGGGCAGCUUCUUCAGACUUUACUACCCCUGCCAGGAGACGGAAACGGCCGAGAAGCCCGACUGGGUCCCCAGCAUGGAGUAUUUCUACGGCCUGGCAGACUUCAUGAAAAUCAACCGGACGUUGAGUGAAAAGAUCUUCGACUACCUCUUUGGCUCCUAUAAGAUCCCAGCCUACGUGGAUGCGCCGUUUAAAUGCAACGAGAAGUGUCCCGUGAUUAUUUUCUCCCACGGCCUCGGUGCUUUCAGGACCUUGUACUCAGCUAUAUGUGCAGAACUGGCCUCUCGGGGCUUCAUCGUGGCGUCCGUGGAGCACAGAGAUGAGUCGGCCUCGGCUACGUUUUACUUCCACGAGAACACAGAACCCGAGGUGACGCAGAAGAGCUUGCCCAAGACGUCAUCGGCUCCGGUCCAGGACCACCUGGUGAAGGAGUGGAUGUACUACAGGGCUCUGCAGCGCGGCGAGAGCGAGUUCCCCCUCAGAAACAAGCAGGUGAAGCAGCGAGCAGACGAGUGCAUCAUGGCUCUGGAUAAGCUUACAGAGAUCAAUUCUGGAGUGGCCGUGCAGAACGUUCUGCAGACGCAGUUUGACUGGACAACCCUGCAGAACUCCAUGGACCUGUGCCGGACAGCAGUGAUGGGGCAUUCCUUUGGCGGAGCCACUACUGUUGAAGCCCUCUGCAAAGAGGUCAAGUUCAAGUGUGGAGUAGCUCUGGAUGCCUGGAUGGUUCCUUUAGAUGACGAGAUCUUCCCUCGGGUCAAGCAGCCCAUUUUCUUCAUCAACUCGGAGAAGUUCCAGUGGGCAGGAAACAUCAGCCGCAUGAAGAAGCUGGACUCUACCGUCAUCCAGAGGAAAAUGAUCACCAUCAGAGGAACCGUUCACCAGAGCUUUCCAGACUUCACCUUCCUGACGGGGAACUGGCUCGGCAAGCUGUUGAAGCUGAAAGGAGAGAUCGAUCCGGAGCUAGCCAUAGACCUGUGCAACAGAGCCACUUUGGCCUUUCUGCAACGCCAUCUGGGUCUGGAGAAGGACUUCAAUCAGUGGGACCCUCUGAUUGACGGGGAAGAUGAAAACCUCAUCCCAGGAACUAAUGUGAUUCUGCUCCAGUCUGCUAUCUGAGCAUCCGCCGUGCCUCAAAGACCACAGGACAAGCCUGGUGGCGGCCAGCUCCCCCUCCGUGCUCCACAACCAAUCCCAGUCCUGACGAGUUCCUCUGAAACAGACUGAAGGUUAAACUUGUUGGAUGAGCAGUGGAAAGUCUGUCUACCUCAUCCGCAGGAAGGACAAAGCACCAAGUAUACCGCCGAAUGUAUCGAGAGGCCUUAACGUACCAAGACUUCCUUUCACUGUUGGUGAAACCUUUUAGCAGCAGUGGCACAAGGUUCCAUCUUUGUAUAGUAAUAACCAAGUAUUGGAAGCAAUUCCUCUGCAGGUCUGAGCUACUUUAUAACCUCUGUGAUUAUGUACCAAGAGCUUUAACCAUAUCAGAUAUAAGCUGGAUUUUAAUUAGCCUGGCCAAAUCAAAGGCUUCGCUUCAGGUGUUCAACCGCAACGCCGGAGAUUUAGACCCUAUGAGCUGCAGCCUGGUAUGAUUCGCCAUCAGGAAAUGGCGUCUUUAUUAUUUUUUAAACGCAUACGGUUCAUAAUAUCUACAUGUUUUAGACAAGUCUAAUAAAUCUGGUUUGUAGACAACACUUGUAAA